AUGAUUGCCAGUCGCAGUGGAGGUUUCCUCGCGUUUUUGAACAGGUCGCGUCAGAAAUACGAGGAGGCUCUGCGUGCCCAGAGGGCCCAUGAAGAGAUCGAGGAGGACGAGGCGUCCGAAGAGGCGACUCCAACAGAGCUGCCGCUCCCUGAAAGUGCAGAAGAAGCGUCUGACAGGCACCAUGUAGAGGAAGAGUUUGACCGAGAGGGCGAGCCUCUUGUUCAUGCUGCAGAGCAAGUGCCGUCCGCCGACGCAGAGCAGUCUGGCAACGAGGAGGACCAGGCAAUUGCUGAUCUGCCGGAGGACGCCCAGGGCGAGCCUCUUGUUCAUGCUGCAGAGCAAGUGCCGUACGCCGACGCAGAGCAGUCUGGCAACGAGGAGGACCAGGCAAUUGCUGAUCUGCCGGAGGACACCCAGGGCGAGCCUCUUGUUCAUGCUGCAGAGCAAGUGUCGUCCGCCGACGCAGAGCAGUCUGGCACCGAGGAGGACCAGGCAAUUGCUGAUCUGCCGGAGGACGCCCAGGUUGAGGUUCUUGGACCGACAUUGGCCGAUCCCGAGCAGUUCGACGAUGAGGACUCCGUAGAGGCCGAGGGUGUGCCGCUGGAGAAUGUCAAGGCACACUUGGCAAAGCGCCGGAAACGUCUCGAAGCGCAGCUCUUUGCCGUGCCCGGUCGCCGCCGGAGGAAGGUGGCAGAUUCCUGGCCCAAGGGCUCGGAGACGACUGCGGAUCGUAAGGAGGGCAAGGAUCUGAAGCAGGAGGUUCCGAUCAAACAUGAGGAAGCCAGGCCACCGGCGGUGAAGCGCGAGCUUUCUGGUUUUCCCUCGGAGCGGGGCGAGGAGGAUGCACAUUCAACCCUCUUAAAGCGACGCAGACAAGGUGACGCGAAGAGGGAAGUGGGCGACGAUGGAUCCGAGGGCAGAUCUGAGGCGAGCGAUGUGGUGGGACCUGCAGGAGCUGCAGGAGGCCGCAUGAUGCGGGGCCUCCCACAUGCCGAUCUGCUACGCUUGGCCGGCCAACUGGAGCAUCGCUAUUUGGGAGCUUCCGAGUGGCAAUCCAUGGCUGUGGCUGCAUAG